AUGUCGGAUCUUCUUGGAUCUGAGUCAUACAAUAUUCGAUGUAGUAUCAUUGAAUCGAUUGGGAAUGUAAUAUGCUCGCUAUAUGCAAUCGAGUCUUCUUCUGAAGAAUUGCAAAGACUUGUUUCGCCCUUUCUUCGAAUACUUGAGGAAAGGUUUAAAGACAACAGCUCGUUUGUCAGGGCAAAGGUGUUGUCAACUCUAUCUCUUCUUAUUAAAAAGAACUUUGUCUUGUUCUCACAUCGAUUGCAUAUUUUGCAGUUAUCAACUGAUCGGCUUUCCGACAAGUCAAUUAUUGUCCGAAAAAAAGCGCUUCAAUUGCUGAAUGAUAUUUUAUCGUUCCAUCCAUUUUCAAUUGACGGCGGUGGAUUAUCCCUAACGGAAUAUACUGCAAUGUAUAGGCAAAUCAGUAAAUCGCUGCUUGAAAAAUCUACUACCGAUAAACUAGAAGCCGAUGGCGAAAUUCCAAGCUCCAGCAUUGACUUUGACGAUCCUAUUGAAAAUAUGCCGGAUGUUCCUACAUCUGAAUUGCUUGAACAUGCCACAGGAUCAGAGGAAGAUGCUUCUUUUGCUGAACUGAUUCUUAAGAAAAAAUAUUAUUCAGAUGGAAUUCGAUUUAUAAAAGAAUUCCAAUCGGCCAUUGAAAUUGUUUUCCAAAUCCUUUUUUCCUCUUCCAAAUCUGAGGUGGUGGGCGCAAUUGAGCUUACUUCUUUGUGUAUAUCAUAUAAGCUUGUAGAUAAGAAUUCGACGCUCAAAAGGCUCUUGUAUUUGAUUUGGUCCGUUGAGUCUAUUGAAGGGUCUUCUAAUAUGGCGGAGGGCAUUUUGAAUCAAGGUUCUAUUAAAGAGCAUCUUUUGAACGCCUUUAGUCAGCACUUAUUUUUUCGAGAUCCAACGCAAUCUGCAAGCGAAUGGGCCAACAAAUGCACUUGGAAUUUACUAUCAUUUAUAAGUAAAGGCUCGCUCUCGAUUUCCGAAUUCAAAUCUCUUGAGAGGAUACUUUGGCAACUGAUGUCGAAAAGACAUAUGGCCCCAGAAAUCGUUUCUCUGCUGUGGAAAAUAUUCGCGAACCCCAAUGAACAUAUUUCUUUCCGAAGAUGUGCAAUACUUUUGUUGUCUUGCCUUGAUCCCUCCUCAACUUGCCAUGAAAAGAUGCCGCUACUAUUGUCAGUUGGUCUUGACCAUAAAGGUUGUCGUUUCGACCCGAUUUUGGUCUCUCAGACUUUGAAGUUCUUGUUAGCAAGUUAUUCUUCCUGCAAUGUUGCCUAUAAUACUCUAUCUUCUAGCGAACCGCUCCCAUCGAUGGUUUGCGGUUUAAUUCUUCAUCUCAUUUUUCUUACGCCCACAGUUGAUUGUGGGACAAUUUUUGAAUUGCUCCAAUCGGCUACCAGAGUUAUUUUCAAAUCCUGUUCACAGCCCGUAAAUAUCUUUAGUGUGCUGUUGAAAAAAAUCAUCCACAUCUGUUCUUGCUCGAUCGGCUCAAAAAAGACACACAUCAUUGUCUUUUCAAAGGUUCUGUUCCUGCUUGGCCAAGUUUGUAUUCAAUAUGUAACGUAUUUGGAAUUUCUUGAACAAACUUUGACACAGCGGAAAUCAGUAAAAAAUGAUGCAGAGAUCUCCGAAGAGCGCAGGACGUCCAUGGAUUUGCAAAAUAUUUCUUUAGAAGAAGAGAUCCGCGAACAGAUCUCCUACUUGCGGGAAACGGCGUUUCUAUUUGAUAAAAGCUCGCUUUUGUCACACUUUAUCCCGAUGAUUGCGGAGCUUUGCACGUCGGCUUUACAAAAUGGAGGAAAUGCAACAUCUUCGCACAGGGAGUUAUUUUUAUCGGGAAUGUUUUGUCUUUCUUCUAUGAUGCUGUCUUCGUCCAAAUUCUGCCAAUCUUACUUGAAAAUUUUUGUCCAACUGUUGCUAUCUCCAGGAAUCGAUGCCAUCGUCAGAGCAAAUCUAGUUGUUGUAUUUGGCGAUUUGAUUUUAAUUCACGGUGCCCAUUUGGAUCACUCGCUCAAGUAUCUAUUUGAAACGCUUUCAGACUCCUCGUGUGUUGUCCGCACCAAUGCAAUUAUUGUUAUCAGCCAUUUAAUCAUAAAUGGAAUCAUAAAGGGUAAAGGGUCUCUUGCAGAUCUCUGCCUAUGUCUGGUUGAUGACAACUCGAGCAUUGUGAACUUUGCCAAAAUGUUUUUCUCCGAAUUUUCAGCAAAGGAUCAUUCACUUUUUAAUGCUCUUCCAGAUAUGAUAUCCUGCCUGUCUUCCGAUGAAAGGAUAGACUCCAUAAAGUUCAAGGCAAUUAUGCACUUUCUUUUAAACUUUAUCGACAAGGAUAAGCACAUUGAGUCUGUGAUUGAAAAGGUGUGUUCACGGUUCCAGCUUGCAAGGACGCCUGCUCAGUGGUCGAAUUUGUCCUUUUGUCUUUCGCAGAUAAACAUUAAUACCGAAAAAUCAGCAAAGAAAAUCAUCCAGGCGUUGCCAUAUUAUUAUGAUAAACUGCCUGAUGGAAAUGUCUUUGGAAACUUUAAAGAGCUAUUGGCCAAGAUGAAAAAGGUCCAGAAGCCGUCUGAAGAAUUCAGAACAAGUUUGGAGGAAUACGAAAAAAGCUUGGUAAAGUACUCAUGCCAAACAUUGCCCACUUUGCCUCUGUUUUCUGAAGAUCAGCUAGCGGAUUUAAUACCGUCAAAUUGA